UCUUUUGUUUUUUUUUCUUUGCAGUCUGUUAUUAUAGAUUUCACAAUGUCAUAUCCGUGACGGGAAUAGGUCAACGAAGCUGUGGUGGACCUUGGUAUAAGAACUUCCGUGUUAAAAAAAGAAAUGUGGGACUGCAAAAUAGUAUCCAAGCAUGAACGUUCAGGACCCUUGUCUUCUACGGCCCUGCAGGAGUCUUCUUCAUUGGUGGAUGUACGAAGUCGACCGCAUUCCUGCUCACAGUGCACCUAUGUGACCCUGGACAAGUCAGCUAUGAAUAGGCACCUUCAGAAACAUAUGGGCGAGCCUGCCUUCCAGUGCCACUUGUGUCCAGCUGCAUUCAUUUGCAGUUCCAAGCUGGUAUUGCAUGUGGGCACUCACACAAGAGAGCGUCCAUUCUCUUGUGCACAGUGCAAAGCAUCCUUUCAGCAGGAAGAGGACCUCGUAAAACACAUCCGCACUCACGCAGGAGAGCGUGCCUUUUCCUGUGUAGACUGUAAAGCGUCCUUUAAGCAGAAAGGCCACCUCAUGAAUCACAUCCGCACUCACACAGGAGAGCGUCCCUUUUCUUGUUUAGACUGUAACGCAUCGUUUUCUCGCAAAUACGAGCUUAAGGCGCAUAUGCACUCUCACACAGGAGAUCUUCCCUUCUCUUGUGCCCACUGCGAUGCAUCCUUUGCACGAAAAUACUACCUUGUGAGGCACAUCGGCACCCACACAGGAAAGCGUCCUUUUUCAUGUGCCCACUGCAAUGCAUCAUUUAGAAUGAAAAGCCAGCUCGUAGAACACAUCCGCACACAUACAGGAGAGCGUCCCUUUCGGUGUGUCCACUGCAAUAGAUCGUUUAUGACUAAACGCCGUCUCAUUGACCAUACACGCACUCACACAGGAGACCGUCCCUUUUCUUGUGUACACUGCAAAGCAUCCUUUAAGCAACAAGGGCACCUCGUGAAACACAUCCGCAUUCACACAGGAGAGCGGCCCUUUUCCUGUGUCCACUGCGAUGCCGCGUUUAAGCAAAAAUGGCACCUCGUGAAACACCUCCGCACUCACACCAGGUAGUCUCCCUUUCUCUGUGUACAUGCAACGCAGUUUGCGGUGCAACACUACCACGGUCAGCACAUGCAUUGUCGCACAGGAGACUGCUCCUUCUCCAGUGCCCAUUGUAAUGCACCCUUUUCAAGGAGAGAGGAACUUCUUGAUGCAGCAUCUGUGGUCACACAGAAGAGCGUCGUUUUACCUGUGUCAGAAUCCCCUCUGAUGUGUCCAUUCCAAGGCAUCCUUUUUGCCUAGAACCAGCCUAGUGAAACACGUCCAUGCUCACACGGGAGAGCAUGCCUUUGCCAGUGUCCACUGCAAUACAUCUUAUGAAAACACCACCUCAGAGACCACAUGUCCUGUUUACAUGGUGGAAACAAGUCGUAAAUGUGAGAGGUGUACUGGUAUUGAAAGGAAGGUAGACGUGGUAGGGAUGGAAAGCUUGUUGAUUAGAGGAGGACGAGUAAUACUUCAUUUAGGUAAAAGGUGGAGGCUUCCCAGGUAAGGGUGAUGGUUAGGUGGGCUCCUCCUUACAAGAGCCCAUUGGCAUUAGCUGCUAUACCUGAGCGCAAUCGACCAGGAUUUUUUUACUGGCCAAGUCUGAGCAGUCAAGCAGAGCCACCUCCCACUCCUUUUAUGUGGGAUGUGGUAGGGGGGAGAGAGGUGCAGUGUUAGCUGACAUGCCCAACGUUACUAGAUCCUGUCAGUUGUCAAACUGCGUCUAGGAGCGGUGCGAAAAAGUGGCCCACUGCCAUCUCCUCUCGAGAGGUGGCGCUGCUACCAUGAUCGACCCGGUUAUUACUGAAGCUUCGCAAGGCGACAGCGUGCCGGCAACUGAAUGUCGCUUCUUUUUAUCUCAUUCUCUGCUUGUGCUCCUUUCCUUAGCACCAAGUAUUCAAGAAAUAUCCUUUUUACUCUGUGCACUCUUUAACAAAUAGCUAAUGGGAGAACGAAUAAGGCACUGAGUCUUUUUGAGGUACGUAUAAUAUGUGAAGUACGUAUAAUAUGUACGUGUAUAACAAGCCUGUGACAUAAGAAUACAGAAGCCCAGUUGGCAAUAUUCACAAAACACGCACUUUUUUGCUUAAUACAGCUACCUUGUGACAGUUUUAAUGCCGACAAUUCGUAUCCCUGGCAUAAAAUUGCAUCUCCAUAACAAUGAAAAAAUUCACUUUCCGCAUGAGUGCAAACGUAUGGUCUGUGCAGCCAUGAAGAGGGAAGCAACACCCCUCUAGAUCAUCUAAAACCUUCAAGAAUAUGUCUUUGCACUCUUUCUGUCUUGCACUCUUUCGCUCGCUCUAGUGAUUGUCGCAAGCUCGUUGAAGACCGAUGCAAGGCCUUCGACGGCAACCGUGUCGUUUGUGGAGCACACUUGUUCACCAUUGUUAGAAUCAUUGCGCACUGUGUUUUCCUUGUUUUCAUUUUUUAGUGCCUAAUGUCAACAGCCAGCCACACAGUGGGAAGCAGCUCUUUUUUGAGGACAUUGAUAAAUAUUUCGGGCAAUUGAGAACGAGACAUGAUAUUGGUUUUUCUUUUAGAGUAUACUUAUCACAUGGUAUAGUUAUCACUUCAUCAUUAACACUGUGGAUGAAAUCGUUUACGAGGUCUUCUGAAUGGAAGUGCAGGUCACGCACGACACAAGAGCUAGUAGGUUCUUCGUUGAGCUUCGGUAUGGCGUGGUCUCAUUCGCAAAAACAGGAAGCAGGCUUCGGCGGCCUGAAAAAGUAUCUCUUCUCACUCUAAGAUCGCACUGAGUCCUGGCCACUCCUGCGUUAUUUCAUAUGUGUGGU